AUGACAACACCAACAAUUCCCACUGCUACUACACCACCACAACCAACAUCAACAACAACAACUACUACUAUUGAUAUAGAUAUUAGUAAUAAUAAUAUUGCAAGUUCACAUGAAAAUGCAAAUAGUACUACUGAUAUGAGUAUAACUACCUCAUCUACUAAUCACACCAAUGCUACUACAACCUUGACACUUAUGUCAGCGGAUGAUAUUCAUCCAAUUGAUGAUGCGAUCGAUAUCGAUGGUAUUGAUAAUAAUGUACAAUAUGAUUAUUUAUUGAAACAAAAGAAAACGCAUACCACUGGAUCAUUACAGUGUAUUCCACAAGAGGAGAUCAAAACAAACAAGAAGAAGAAGAAGCAAAAGUGUAUCCCAUGUUCAGAUAUGCAAACCUUUUCAGCAUCAUUAUCCUCCCACCGAGUAUCAUCACCAUUGAAGUUGAAUAUCCAGGAUGAUAUGAAAGUCACACCUACUUCAGCGCCAUCAUCGUCUUCGUCUACUACUGUUCCAUCGAUGGUGAAUAAUAAGGAUAAUAAUAACAGUAACAAUAGAAGAAGUACGGCGUCUGUUUUAUCCUUGACUUCUCCUUCUUCUCCUCCUCCUCUUCCACUUCAACAACCAUCGUCAAGUUUACUAUCGACAAUAAAAAUGACUUCUACCAUAGAAUUGAAUGCUACUGAAUUACAAAAUCAAUCGGUAUUGUUACAAGAUUCAUCGACUGUUUCCUCUGUCAAACUACGUAGACGGACAACAACAGCACCGACAACUGCUGGCCCCAUUGCUGCUGCUCCUGCCCCUGCCGCUUCAGCAACUACGAAUACGGAGGAUAAUCAUAAAGUUUUGUCUAUCGUUCCAACGUCUACUGUUACCACAUCGACAAUAAUAGCUCACUCGCCUGUUUCUAUUGUUAGCACAAAUGAAAUUAAAAAAUCACGUGCUUCUAUGAUUGAAUUAAUUAAUUGUCAAAGUAAAGAUGUCUUACGUCAGGUGACAUCAAGUCCAGGUUUAUCAUUGUCUCCAUUAUCACCAUCAACCCAAUUGGCUCAACCACCUUCACCACCAAGACCAUCACAAGGAAAUAAGAUGGGUGCAUGUUUCUCCUUGGUGUUUGAAAGUUGUCCAUUAAAGAUCAAUUCAACUGCUACAUGGACUAAUCCAGCUAAUAAUGGUCAAGUGAUCCUAUUUGGAACCAAUGAUGGUAUAUAUUGUUUGAAUUUAAAAGGAUUAGCUGAAAACUCUCUGAAUUGGCUUUCAUCAGCUAGCCGUUGUUGUCUAGAAUGUGUCUUACCUACGCCUACACCAACUCCGACUAUAAUCAAUAAAUUUUUGAAGUUAUUUCCACGUCGAUGUUUAUGGUUAUCUGUAACACGAGAUACUAUGAUGUCAUUGUCUGGACGUCAUCCACAGCUAUAUGCUCACAAUCUAGUCUCACUAAUGAAAUUAAAAUCACAAGGUCAUCCUAUGUUUGGUAGUGGUGGUGCCGGGAGUACUGUGGCUGGGGGCGGCAGUGUUGUUGGAACUCCUUCAAAAUUUGGGAAAUUUGUCAAACUUUUCCCUAAACGUUUUUCACCAUCAAAAAAGAUGCCAGAUACAAAAGGUUGUCGAUGUGCUAAGGUAACACGGAAUCCAUUUAAUGGUGCAAAAUAUUUAUGUGCAGCUAUGACUAAUGAAAUUUUAAUCAUGGAAUGGUUUAAUCCAAUUUCAUCAUUUAUUGAAAUUAAACGGAUACUUAUACCAGACAUGCCUUCACCUUUGUUAAAUUUUGAUUUAUUAAUUGUGAAGAAUUUGCCUUUACCAUUUGUAUGCCUUGGUGUUUAUCGACAUCAUUCACGUAAAGGUCGAGAUGGUCAACGUUUUCGUUUACAUCUGAUUGAUUUGAAUAGUAAUUCUGGACCAUCACCGUCGCCAUUACCAUCAACUCCAGUACCAGCGCCAACUUCAGCUGUAGUAACACCUUCACAUCCUCCGACUUCAUUAAUGACACAACAGACCUCAUCAGCAGCAAUAAGAACAUCUCCACAUUCUGUACCACAAUCACCAGCUAUUCGUACCACUCCACCGACGACAACAACAACAGCAACAACAACAACGGGUGAUUCAUCUUUACCCAAUCAUCAAUCAGUAGUACAGCCUAUUGGUGGGGGGAAUGAUGAGUCGGUUCAGGUAAACAGCAAUACGAGUAGCGGUUCUGCGAUAAUGAGUAAAACGCAACAAUUGAAAGCUGAAUUACAACGAAAAAACACUCAAUUUUUGCCUGAAGAUAUUUUACCGGUUGUGGAAACUGUACAAUUAGAGCAUAACACAAUAUUAAUCUGCUUUCAAGAUUGUGCUAAAGUUGUCAGUUUGAAUGGUCAGAUCAAAUCAAGUCGUCAUAGGGCUACAACAUUAGACUUUAAUGGAAUCACAGUUGAAUCUAUUGUAUGCCUUCGUGACAGUAUUCUUGUAUUUCAUCCGCACGGUUUAUUGGGCAAAAGUUUUACCGGAGAGUUAACUCAAGAAAUCAAUGAUAAAGAUAAUAUUUAUCGAUUAUUAGGAUACAAUCGAUGUAUAAUCGUUGAAAGUCGACCAGCUAGUAAUCCAAUGUCUAAUUCCAAUGUCUAUAUUCUAUCUGAUCAUCAUAUGGACAGUAUUCAAUGAAAAAAUCAUUAAGAACAGAUUAAUUCUCUUCUUCGUAUAUAUAGAUGUCAUGAUGAUGAUGAUGAUGAUGACGACGACGACGACAGAGUUGAAAAUCAUCAAUCCCCAACUGAAGUAGUUUAUAUAUAUAUAUAUAUAUAUAUAUAUAUAUCUGUUUCCAUGGUAACCAUGAUGAUGAUGGGUGAUGCAUAUUAGAUAUUGAUCUCUUCAACUACUCUUUGUUUUUUCUCUUGCAUACCUUCCUUUCUAAUUACACUGAGUAGUGCUGAAUAGUGCGUGUGUGUGUGUUACCUUUACAUUUUGAUUAUUCAACUUCCACACACUCCCCUUCCCCCGGAAUGCUACGGGGAGAUUUUGUACAUGUAAACAUACAUAUAUUGAUGAUGUGUGAAUAUGUCUCAUGUCUCUCUCUCUUUCUCUGUGUCCCUUGUUCUUUUUCCACCAUUGUGUGUGUGUGUGAGUUUGUGUACUUUAUUUCUUCCGCCCCCCUGUGUUUUCGCUUACUCUCUUGCUCUACUCCACAAUGAAUUACAAAAGUAUAUAUGUCUGAGUCAGCCUAGUUUGUAUGCAACUACACUUUGUUAUUACAUGAUUGACUCAUUCAUCCAUUGUUCUUCUUUCUGACAAGUUUUGAUUUUUUUUCCCGUCGACAGAGAGGUGAACAUCUCAACCGUUUAUAUCAAAAUGAUCAACAUUGGAAUCGUCAUCAUUAUCAUAAAUACUGACGCAUUUGUUUUUUCUGUCUUAUCUGGGCCUUCAUUUCCAUUUUUUUUGCUUCCUUCGUUGUUGUCUUUCUCAGCUGUUCAGUGAUAUCUGAGUGUUAGAAGCAUUAUCUUGUUGUUGUUGUCUUCUCACUCUAGGACGACGAUCCUCCCCACCCUACUUGCGCCCUCCAGCCCAGCCGCCCAUCCACCAUCCCAUUGUAUCCUACUCUCUUUUCUGCACUGCUAACUAGGUGGUUCAUUUUGUUUUUGACGUACAACUACUGCAUCUACUUAUGAGUAGUUUGGAGAUAUACACACAAAAAUAUGCAACCGCAAGACUUUGACAGCGCGAGCACAUACGAAGAGUGGAGAGUUAAAAAAUCAAAUAUUUUUAUUUUUUGAGUUCCUUAUUGUAAAAAAUGGGGAGCAAAGUAAAGAUGGGUAGGUAGGUAGAUAGAUAGAUACGUAGGUAGGUAGACAGAGAGUUGAGUUUAUUCCAAUGUAAUAAUAAUAAUAAUAGGCUUUUGAAUUUUGUUAAUAUUAUUAUUAGUAGUAAUAUUAUCAUCAUCAUUAUGAUUGUUAUCAUUAUCUUAAAUCAUGCAAACGUUAUGACGUAAUGUACACACACGCAUACAUACAUGCGACUACAUGAUUUUGCUUUCUGCUCCUUAGGAUACAGUGUUUAUAGUGUUUGUUAUAUGUAAAUCACUAAUUGUCCUUAUGCGCAAUCUCUCUCCGCUCCGCCCCAGCACCACAACUCCUUGUUUUGAUAAUGUAUUAUAAUAUAUUUCACAUUUUCUAAAUUGUUUUUCUUUGUUUCUUUUUUCUUUUAAUAAGCGCUUUCAACUUGUGUAUAUGUGUGGGUGUGCGGGUGUCUGUGUGCGAAUCUAUGUGUGUAUGUGUGUCGCCCAUUUGGUUUCAGCUUCUAUGGCAUAUACAAUACACUAACACGAACACACACAUACACACAGAGCUUCACUGACUCAUCCAUCAUCAGUCGGCGGCAUACAUGCAUAUAUGUACCAUGUGAUAACUUCUCUGAGCAUACACAAGCUCUUUCUAUUAUAUACACAUACAGCUUUUUCUCAAACUAUGUGGUCCUUUCACACGUUCAUCUCCUUCCUUCUUUCUUUUGGUUUUUAUGUUCCUUUUGUAACCGGAUAAAAUUUGACUGUGGUAUUGAAUAAUCUACGCUUUAGGUUAAUUAUGCAAUCGUAUUUUCCUGAAGUAUUAAUCGAGGUUUUCUAUUUGUGUGUGCGUGAGUGUGUUUAGCUUGUUGGGCGUAUCAUAUGUCUAUCAACGCUUUGCACUCCUACAUAAAGAAUAUGUGAACGGAUAAUAUCUUUUAUCUUUAUUAUUUUCAAAGUACAUAUAUAUAUAUAUUUGUAGUUAUUUCUAUUCCUUCUUUUAAUUUCACAGGAAGUGCUUUUCCAAAUCUCUCCUUCUCUCUGUGUUAACUGUCGUCGUGUGAAUGACAAUGAGGUGGUGGUGAGGUCGCUACACCUUCUGCUAAAGUGUUGCGUACAUUGGUUGAUUGAUUGAUUGACUGAUUAUUGAUUUUGCUAUUGUCAUCGUUUCCUCCUUCUCGCAUCAACCCCCACUUAAAGUCUCUAUUCUACACAGGGUUAUUUCUCAAUUGUAUCUUUGACGGUUUUGUUGUGAUUAAAUUAUCUUGCCAAAUUUUAUUCUUCUUACUAAUUUUUAUUUUGAUAAUUACUAUUGUUACUACUGUUAUUAUUAUAAGUAGCAUAAGUAUGUUUGGGUUAAUUUUUAACGAAUAAUAAUAACUCUGAUGGUUAUACCACUACUACUGUUAGUACUGCUGUUGUUUGUUUGCUUGUUUUCUGCUUCAUCAUCGCUGUUGUUAUCUAUGUUUAUCCUGUGUAUGUGUGUGUGUGUGGGCGUGUGUUGUUUUGUUCCUGUGUCCGUCCGUCGGUCUGUUGUUCGUGUGGGUAACUGGGUGUCGACUGUAUUCCCAAUGUGUAUGGUAUUAUACACACUAUGUACGUCGACAGCUUCUAUGCACACACUCACACACACACGUAAAAACUACAUUUAUAUACGGAUCAUGUUCUCUUAGCGUUCAUCAUUCCUGUUAUUGUAGUAAACAAAAAAAACUGAUGAGUUAUCAAGAUAAUAUCACAAUUUUUUUGUAGUUUUUCUUCUUUAUUUAGUUUAAUCGGUUUUCACUUUCUUAGUGUUUGUAUAUUUGAUAAUUUUGAUUAUAUAUGUGAGGAUAUAUACAUUACACAUUUUAAUCUUGUUUUUUAUUUCUAGUGUAAUAAUAUUGACAGAGGUUUCUUCUUCUAGUUUACGCCUUGACUAGUAGUCACACACACACUGCGUCUAUCUCUUGUGUGAUUUUCCUUCCUUCUCUUCCUCUUCUACUUCUAUGAUUCUUGUUUUUGUGUUUGCAUGUGUGUGUGUGUGUGUUAUGGCGUCUGAACCUUAUAUGCAUAUUUGUGUACGUGCGUGGGUGUGCGUGCGUGCGAGUGCCUCAUAUGUAAUUUGUUCAAUGUAGUAGGCUGAUGAUGUAAUGUUUUAUUGAUUGCUCCCCGCUCUCUCUCUCCGCCCCUACAACCAAGACAACCACCACCACCACCACCACGACUUAUUUGACUUGACAGACUACUGCUGCUGAGUAACUGAAGUGACCGACUAAUAUGAUUAUUUAUUGUCUUGUCUUUGUGCAUUGUAAUCUUUGUUUGUUUGUUGUUGUUUCUUGUGCGUCUAUGGAGUAUAACAGCUUAUCGUAUACAGCUUAUAGUGGCGAAUAUUUUAAGCUGUCUUAUAUAUUGUAAGUAAUAACACAUAGACCAGUGAUAUGUAAUAACAGAGGCGAGACUACUCGUACAGAAAAUUAGUACUAUAUAUAGCAGUCACACACAUUCUUGUGAAAAAAAAUAAUAAUAAAACAAAAUAGAAAUGUUAUUUAUAUUUAUAUAUUUCCUUUCUUGAAUUUGCUUUCUGUUCUCUCUUUUCUCCUAGCCACUUGUUUGUUUUUUCUUUUUUAUAUUUUUUGCCUUGUUAGCACGCACUCACGCGCGCGGUUGUCCGCGAGUGUGUGUGUGUGAGUGUGUUGAUCUCACCGUUUCUUUUUCUCUCUCUCUCUGUCUCUAUUUCUGUGUAUUCCUUUCCAUUGUCUAACACAUUUAGCUUUUUUUGUCUUAUGAACUCUGCAUUACAUACACACACAUACACACACGCUCACAAACAAACAGACGACAUUCACACACACUUCAUUACAAUAACACACUUAUAUAAAUAUAUAUUUAUGUAUUAUGAAACGCUGAUGUUUAUUUAUGUAAAUUGUCACUUCAUGAAGGAAAAAAAAGAAAUCCACAGUAUACAUAUAUAUAAAUAAAUAAAUAAAUAAAACUUCA